AUGGACAAGGCCGAGCGGGAGGGUGUGGUGCGUGUGCUGGGCUGCUUUGAUUCCUUCAAGGACUCCCUUGAGGCCGACCUGGUGGCCGAUGCCGUCCUCCACGCCAUAGCUCAUCUCUACCCAGGACGAGUGGAAACGCGGUCCCUUUCGUUGAGCGACGGCGGCAAUGGCUUCCUCAACGCACUCAAGGGUCCUCUCGCACUCAAACUGGCGUCCUACGGGAGCAGCACCAGGCCGGACUGCGCGGGGAGGCUGGCCGUGGUCGAGAUGGCCUCGGCGUCGGGCCUCGAGAAGGUGCCGCUCGACCUGCGCAACCCGCUGCACACCACGACCGAGGGCACCGGCCAGCUCAUGCAACACGCCUUCGACGAAGGCCACAGCCACAUCAUCGUCGGCAUGGGCGGGAGUGCCACGAACGACGGCGGACUCGGCUGUCUGCAUGCGCUCGGCGUUCGGGUCAGGAUUCAACCUGACGACGAGGACCCCGAGGAGCACCCGCCCAUCGUGUUCGGGCGGCACCUGAACAAGGUGACGAGUCUCACGAUGCCCGAGAGCGGAGUGCUCAAGGGCGCCACAGUGGAGAUCGCCUCCGACGUGGACAACCCCUUUGUUGGCGAAAAGGGCGCCGUCGCCGUCUUCUCGGCGCAGAAAGGAGCGACGGAGGAGAUUCAGAAGCGGCUGGAGGCGGGCAUGCACCGGGUCGCGGGCUUCUAUCGCGAUUCGCUGCCGCUCGGGAUCGACGUGGCCCACCUGCCCGGCGCUGGAUCAGCUGGCGGGCUCACGGGAGGCAUCGUCGCCACCACCGGCGCUAAAAUCAAGCGAGGUAUCGAAUUCGUGGCCGAGGCGCUGGGACUGGAGGAGGCCAUCAAGGGCAGCGACCUGGUGCUCACGGGCGAGGGGCGCUACGACACCCAGACCCAGCACGGCAAGACCGUCUCCGAGGUCCAAAAGCUGGCCAAGAAGCACCACAAGCCCGUGGUGGUCAUCUGUGGGUCCAAGAAGGACAUCCCAGAGGGGGAGGACCACCACGUCUACGAGCUGGUGUCGAUGUACGACCUGGACACCUGCAUGAACCGCACCGCCCAGUCUCUCGAUGGGUUGGUGAGGGCCAACGCCUCUCGUUUCCCGGUCCUCUCCCGCCUUGGCGCGCCCCAAGACCAGGCUUCGCUGUAG